GACUUUAGAAUCGGAGUGAUUGCGUGAGUGAUCGCUGGAUGGUGUACUUAGUAAAUUUGGUAGGAUGUGUUCGGAAAUAUACCCUCUGAUAAGAUUACUGAUUUGUGAAAAAGGGUAAUAUGCUCGACAAAAAUGUGUGAGAGAAAUUGUCAGUCCUUCGGGCCCCCCUGGGCACGGGCCCCGUUUGCCCUUAUGGUAAAGACGGUAAUGCAUGGAAGAUGCUACAGAUGUGACUGUCUCCGGUGAUGGGAAUUGGAAAAGGUGUGGUUUUGCAUUACUUUAUGGUGUCAGUUCUCUAAUAGGAUAUCAAUCAGGAAAAGUCUUGGAUGUCAUUGUUAAAUGUUCAUAUUGUAAGCUAUGUGAGUCUUGGAAAAAAAAAUUAGAUACGGCAGAAUUUGAAGAGUAGAAAGAAAAACACAUCGAAAAUGAACAAUGUACCGCCAAUCACACUGCACAUUAGGUCAAAUGAGCGUUUUUUCUGUGCAAAAGUGAUAAGAAUCAAAGUGCCGUUUCACUUUUGUUGUUGUUGUUUUUUAAUUGGCAAUACUCCAAAACAAAGACGCAUGAUUUUUGUUUGUGCUAAAUAUAGAGUACCGUUACACACGUGUGCGUCAAAGUCAAUCGAUGCAAGUCUUUCAACAAAUGUGAUUGCAAGUUCAGUAGUGCUUGGUCAUCUUUAAGAGUGUGUUUAACGAAUUGUGUUGAUAAUAAUUGAUUACUGGAAAAUGGAAAAUAAAGCUACAAAAUUUAUCUAAAACUUUGACCAUAAAAAAAUCUGAUUUGUUUGAUAUAUGGCGAAAAGAAUGCACAAAAAAAGGAAAGUUUGAUGCUGUUUUAAAAUAUGUAGUUGGCAAAAUUGAAGUUAAUAUACUUUCGGAUGAAAUUGAGAAACAUAUAUCGCAAAUAUUACAUUUUUUUUGCGUAAAUUUGGCAACAAAGUGAGAAAAAUCUCACAGAAACAUAAAUACCUUUAAAAAACAAAAUGAAGCGUGGCUUAAUACUGAAACAAAUUUUGUGUUAUACGACAUUUCUAAAAAAGCACCACCUACCACUGUUGGACGUCCACGUCUGCCAUACAGCGCCAAAUCAGAUUUCGGAAAAAGAAAAGAAGCCGCAGACCUAUCAGCUCAAAAAGCUGAUACUAAUCCUCUAGUUCGUGUAGCAGCAACAUCGGCUCAUACACAAGGUGAUACUGAUCUGGCUGCAGUCCUGAAAGAAAGCAUGGAAAGUCCAACAAGGCCAUCAAAAAUGCUGAAAUUUGUUAACGAGAAUCCCAAACAGCCAAUUCCUUAUUCAACGGAUGAGGCCUUAGCUUUCCUUCUUGAGCAUAAUUUUUCAAAAGAGCAGUAUAAUGCAAUACUCGAUGGAAGCAAAAAAAGAAAAAGCGACAUAUAUCCUCAUUAUAGCAAAAUUACAGCCGCAAAAUUAAAAUGUCGACCUGAGGGUAUAGAAGCAAGUGAGACCCUAGCCAAAGUUCCGUUGCGAAAUAUUUUACAACAUACGGCUGAAAUGUUGAUAUGCAAAGAGAAGUGUUUCAAGCUGUAAUGGAAACGGAAAAGGCAAAUUUUGUAAGCUCUGAAUUGAUAUUAAGCUACAGAUUUGAUAGUAGCACUGGUCAAGCUCAAUUUAAGCCAACAUUUAAUGAGCCAGGUUCAUUAAAUAGCAGCGAUAGCUCUCAAUUGGCUACAACAGUCAUUCCCUUAAGGUUACUGCUCUCAUCGGGUAAACCAAUUUGGAACAACCGCACACCACAGUCUGUAAGAUUUUGCCGUCCCAUUAAACUGGAGUACAUAAAAGAGACAAAAGAAGUGAUUUUAGCGGAGCACCUGGAAUUAAAAAAUGAGAUUAAUGCCUUGAAAACCCUAACAAUAUCAAUUGGUGAUGGAAAAUCUGUGGAAGUAUCCUUUAAUUUAUUUUUAACACUAAUUGAUGGAAAAGUUUUAAACAUUAUAACUGGGACUAGAUCAAACCAGGCUUGUUCCAUUUGUGGUGCUACACCUAAGGACUUUAUGAACACGUGUGAUUACAAAAAAAAGUAUUUCAUGCAAAAGAGGAAACCUUAAAAUUUGGAAUUAGCCCCCUUCAUUUUUGGAUUAGAUUUUUUGAAUUUCUAUUACAUUUAGGCUAUAAAUGCAAAAUACAAAAGUGGCAGAUACGAGGAGAAGAUAAGUUACCUGCCUUAAAAAGAAAAGUAGACAUUCAAAACGAUUUUUGGAAAAAGCUUGGACUUCGCGUAGAUGUGUCCAAAAUAUGAGGCUCCGGUUCCACAAAUGACGGGAACACUACUCGUCGAGCUUUUACUGAACACACUAUUUUUUCUAAAAUAACUGAUGUUGACGAAGACCUUAUAUUUCGUUUCAAAAUAAUUUUGAUUUGAAAUAUAUUGCUUUAAAACAGCAAAACGUUUUCAGGAGCUAUAUCCCUGGCUGCCAAUGACUUCUACAGUCCAUAAAGUACUAAUAAAUACAUUCAAGAGAAAUAAUAGAAAAUACUGCACUUCCCAUGGGGUUUUUUGGAGACCAAGCUGCUGAAUCGCGACAUCAAAUAUACAAAGCCGAUAGAUUACAUCACGCUCGUAGAAACAACCGCACCAAUAACCUAUUAGACAUGUUUAAUAGGGCUAUCGAUACAUCAGAUCCAUUAAUUUCCACAUUUUUUUUAAGUAAACGCAUUCAAAAGAGGAAAUGUAUCACACUUCCUCCUGAAGUCAUUGAACUAUUAUGUUGCAGCGAACCCAUAGAAGAUUUUCAACUUAACAACCAAGAUGAUGAAAUUAAUGAAACUGAGGAGGAACUUUUUAAUUUAAAUUUACAUAAUGAAGUUGGUCGCCUUGUCGUGGCGAAGGGGCUAAAGUAAGAGUAAAGUGUGCAUCCCAAAGGAAACGCACUCUAAUCUUACGAACUAAGAGGGACACUUCAUAAUUCCCACAAUAGUGAUAUGGAUGAAUAAACCCCAGGUUUUACGCCCAUUUCUUAUUGUGGAAGUAUGAGGAUACCCGAACCAACACCACCCUAAGCCAAGGUGUCGAGGUACCCGUUCCGAGGGCUGAAUGGUCAGCGGGGGUAAUAAAUAGCUGAUCGCGAACGGUCCCCUCCGAUGCCGGGUGAGGUCGGAGGUAUAAAAGCCUUCUCUCCGCAUGGGACCAAAAUAUGAACGAAUACAAUAACAAUACAACAACAACAACAACUACAACUACAACAACCAUGACGACAACAGCGACGACUAAGGACAUAAGCUAUAGGAAUCCAAUCAAGGAAUCCGAAGAAGACGAACUACUUGCCUCCAGCCAGGAGACGAGUAAGAGUACUACCGGGCAUACCAACCAAAGUAUACCGGUAGAUACAGCAGUGAAAACCUCAGUUAUAAGGGAGGAAGCGUCCACCUCCAAGGCUGCCAUGAGCACCAUCCAAAGUGCACUGGCGGCUAAAGGAGAGAGCAAAAAGAAGCGCAAGAAAUCCCAAAAUCAGCUGAGAAAAAACCGGUACCAGAGGGCAGUCUUCAUACUAGGGAAGAUAGCCAAAGACCAAGCAGCCGGUACACCAGUUGUUGAGGCUGAAACAAAGCGCCUCAAAUCCAUCGUCGAGCGAAAGCUACCUGAAAAGGAAGCAAUCACAACCUCAAGAAGGGAGCAAACGAGAGAGCACUUCUCAAAAAAGAAAUCGCUCUACCACAGAAGUACCCGGAAGUCAGCCCAAAAAACCGAGGAGGAGUGAAGGCGAACACAGCAGCACAACAACGGCAAGGCAUUUCUGCGAUGUAGCCAGGGAUAGCCUGCAGGUGGCCAUUUUAGAUGGAAAUUCCUCCUCUCCGCGCACUACACAGGAGAGAUGGGUGGAGAUCGACGUCAGAUUGUCGAGUAUGGUGCGAAGCUAUGUACUCGACAAUCCGGCGGGUCCUCACCCGGAGUUUGACUCCUCUGAGACCCUCAGGGGCUACAGGGUCAUCAAGUGCGCGGACCAGGCCUCGCUAGAUUUCCUGACGGGUAGUGUUGCUAAAAUUAGCAACGCCUUUGUAGGCCUCCAAUUGAGGCUUAUACCCGCCGGCAAUAUUCCGAAGAGGCCUCGGGCUCGCAUUUGGCUACCCCCACUAGAGGAGCCAGGCGAAAAACUCUAUACCUGGUAUAGAUGAGUGGCAGCUUAUCAAGGAAGAAAAACCAAAUAAAGCAAGCAAGCCAAUACGAGUGGCCAUUUGCGAUGAGUCCAUUGAGGCUCUGAAGAAGACUGACAACAAAAUCAGCUUCGGAAUACGCAAGGCCAGACUAAAAAUCUUCCUAGGCGACAAAGCGGCUGACGAAGACGACACGGAAGAGGUCGACGACGCCAGCCAGUUGCUAAGGAAUGUGGGCAUUGAAGAACCCCGAGAUGCCCAAUAACAACAGCAUAAGAUGCGUACAGAUUAACCUGCAGCACUCGAAGAGUGCUACAGCGAAUCUGACAACCCUCGUGAGCGAGGGGGGCAUCGACAUCAGCCUAAUACAGGAGCCCUGGGUCAAUGAAGAUUCCAUAAAAGGGCUAAAGAGCUGCAAUUAUAACCUGUUUUACACACGGAACAGAGGUAAACCUAGGGCAUGCAUUCUUAUCAAUAAAAGUAUAAAUGCAUUUCUUUGUCCUAAUUACAGCACAGCAGAUAUCACAGUGGGGAAGGUAGAACAGAAGGAAAAGCCCUUCUUCUUGGUCUCGGCCUACUUGGCCCAUGACGAAGACAUACCACCGGCCCCGCUCACCAGGCUAGUAGAGGGGAACAAGAAAGAUGAUGUCCUAAUAGAGUGUGAUGCAAAUGCAAGGCACACCGUAUGGGGUAGCUCCAGUAUAAACACCAGAGGUGAGUCACUCUUGCAGUAUAUUUUGAAUAGUAAUCUAAGUAUUUGCAAGAAGGGCGAUAAGUCAACUUUUAUUUUCCCAAGCUCGGAUAGGUUCCCGGGGUGGGAGGAAGUUCUUGACCUCAUGCUAUCAACAGACACAGACAGUCUCGUUGUGGAUAACUGGAGGGUAUCCGAUGAGCCUUCCAUGUCGGAUCACUCCUGGAUACUCUUCAGCAUCCGCGAGAGGUACAGUGCGCCUCUCACAUACCGGAACCCUAAAAGAACGGCAUGGGGAAAAUUUACCAGUAUAGCAACAAAAUGCCUCGAAAAGGGAGGCAAUACGAGUACCAGAAAUCCUGAAGAACUAGAUUCAGAAGUAGAGCAGUUGGAAAAAAUCUUUACCACAACUUUUUAAUAAAUCUACUCCGCUAACAGUUUUAAAAAAGAGAAAGUCCCUUCUUUGGUGGAACAGUGAACUCAAGAAUUUGAGAACACAACUAAGGAAAGCUUUCAAUGAGAGUUUUAGAACCAAAAUCUGGCAGCCAUAUAAAGACAUUAUGAAGGUAUACAAAAAAGCAGUCAGGAAAGCUAAAAGCGACUCAUGGCGAUCUUUCUGCACAUCGAUAGAAAGUUGCAGAGAAGCCGCUAGGCUGAGUAAAAUGCUAUCUAAAGACCAUAUUAAUACUGUCUACAUUAGGGUGGAGGGAAGUGAUUGGACCUCCUCGGCAAAAGAGUCUCUGGAGGUACUAAUCACAACACACUUCCCCAGGAGUCAGCAAACACCUUCAACGAGGGUUCAACCGGAACCACCGGUGAACGCAGCUGACUAUCGAAGCCAAAUAGUAGACAAAAUGAAAAUCAAAUAUGCCAUAAAUAGUUUUGCACCAUUUAAAGCGGCAGGUCCUGACGGGAUUAUGCCCAUAAUUCUGCAGAAACUGGUAGAACCAAUGGUUCUAAGGCUUGAAAAUAUAUACAAAGCAAGCAUUCAACUAUCUUACAUCCCAAGAAGUUGGAAAAGGAGUAAAGUUGUGUUCCUUCCGAAACCAGGCAGAAGAACACACGAGAAUGCCAAGGAUUUUAGACCUAUAAGCCUUACCUCAUUUAUGCUGAAGGCACUAGAAAGGCUAAUAGAUAUACACGUAAGAACAAUAAUGGCGGAGAAGUUAUCGAAGUCCCAACAUGCGUACAUAAAGGGCCGAUCAACCGAAACCGCCCUUCACGAGGUGAUAAUUGUGAUUGAAAAAUCACUACACCACAAGCAAUACACCAUGGCUGCUUUUCUAGACAUAGAGGGCGCCUUCAAUAACAUAGAAGUAAAUACGAUAAUUAAUUCUCUGUCGCAUGGGGGCAUAGAUGACACUGUGUGCCGAUGGAUACUAUCGUUGCUUGAGAAUAGGAAGAUUAUAGCUUCAAACGGCGCUGCAACACAAACAAGUUAUGUGAGUAGAGGGACGCCUCAAGGGGGGGUCCUCUCUCCGCUUCUAUGGGUUGUAGCGCUGAACGAAGUACUUCUCCAACUAAACGGUGGAGGAGUGAAAGCAGUAGCGUAUGCAGACGUAUGUUUCAGGUAUGUUUCCUUCAACAGUCAGCGAGAUUAUGGAAAGAGCACUUCGUAGGUUAAACCUAUGGGCUAAAAACAAUGUUCUAGGAGUUAAACCGAACAAAACAGAACUGAUGCUAUUCACAAGCAGAACCAAAAUACCUCAGUUUGAACUUCCGGUACUAAAUGGUACAACACUCACUCUAUCCCCAAUAGCUAAAUACUUGGGGGUGGAGAAUGACACCAAACUGUCCUGGAAAAUAAAUAUAGAAAAAAGAAUAAACAAAGUGUUUAAAUGAGUUAAGCAUUCGCCUACCUUUCCCAAAAAACUGGCGCACCCUAAUACGACCACGCAAUUCACCACAGCUGAUGACACCACAACAGAACACCAACACAUCUCACUACAGCUGUACAUCAACCCACUCAUCAAAAGGGAUAGAAAAAAAGGGAAAGCGGACACAAUUCGACUCUCAUAAUUCGAUCAUCAACACAUACACUCAUCGCACGUCAGCAUUCUCCAUACACGCAUCGCCUAUACACAUUCGUUUUGGAUACUUUCGCUUAAACACUGCGCCGGGUCGACAUCGACGAUUCGCUACCACAGUUCGUUCGACUCUGCGCACAUCGACUAUUUCGACAUCGCUUCAUUCUACAUCGAUCCCGGAUUUGUUUCCCUAUUUAGAAUAAGUUUCCAUUUGGUGUAACCGGAAUUUAUAUUACAAAUAAAUUAACACUUAUUUCCGAUCCGCUAAAAUAAUGGUUUUAAUUAUAAAUAUUAGUCGGGAGUGCUAGUGACUCCUAAAACUUAAAUGCGGUGGUGUGAUUCUCCCUUAGGUGGGCACCCAAAUAUUCAUGGUCCUUCGAGCCUCACUGAAAGGCACCAGUGGUGAAACAAAAACCACAAUAAACAUAUAAAUAUAAACUGUGCAGUGAGAAAAAAAAAGAAACAAAGUGCAGUGACACAAAAAAAAGUACAUAUAUUUGCACAUAUACAGGUUUUGACUUAAUGGUACAAAAAGUGUGGUGAUUGGAAAACAAAAAGAAGGGAAACUUAAAAAAGAAAACACAAAAAUUACAAAAAGGUGACGUGAAUAACACAAAAACCAAAUAAAACAUAAAUUUUUACGAAAUUUGAGGUCACCGAAAAGAGUGCGCUAAAGUACAAAAAACAAAAAAAAAAAAAAAACAGUAGUGCAGUGUCACAGCAAAUAAAGAAACAAAGAAAGUGCAGAACAGUGCAGUGUUUAUAUGUAUGUAAAUAAACAAAACAAGAUUCACAGCGAAUAAAAGACAAGGUGAAGUGACAAAAACAAAAACAAAUUGCAUAGAAAAACAAAAUAUAUAAAACAAUUUUAACAAGCAAACAAAAAACAAAAAAAAAAACACACACGCGUGGAACCUAAAAACAAAACCUAAAUCGGGCACCAAUAAAACAAACAAAUCGAAACAAACGGACGUGAAAUCUCCAAACUAAAAAUAUAUAUAAACAAUAAACAUACAUAUGAGCGCGAAAUGUAAUUACAAAACAUAAAUCGCGCGCGAAAGGUAAAAGCUCCUAUAUAACAAAACAUACACAAAAACGGAUCAAACGGGCGCGAACAAUUAAAACAACUAUACACACAAGCAACAACACCUUCAAGAGCUGAAACAAGAGAAGAGAAUUGGCGAUAAAAAGGGGCAUGCACACACAUACGUUUUCCCCGAAUCAAAGUGAGCGUAUCUAUUUCACGUUAUAUUUAAUAUAUGCACAAAAAUAUGUACAUAUGUAUGUUUUAAGUUAAGGUUUUUCGUAUUUAAAAACCUCAUGUUAAUUAUUCAAGUUCAUGUUUUUAAUUCAAAUCGUCGCAUUAUUAAAAAUAGUUAAAUCAAGUAGAUACAUAAAGCUUGAUAUUCCAAAAAAAAUUUGCCCAGCAAUACCCCUUUUGUUUAACAGCAACAAUAAGCAGGAUUGCAUAAAUCCAAAUAUCAAUGCGAAGAAAGGAAAACAAAUAAAAUUAAAUACAAACAUACAUAUGGAUAUGCAUAUAAAAAUACUAUAUAAAAAGUAAACGUAUAUAUGUCACUUACUUACUUAACAAGUAUAAUUGCUAUAUUUAUAUAUUAAAUUACAUACAUAAGAGGACAACGGAAAAUACAAUUUUUUUCUAUUCCGUUUUCGCGUCCUCUCUUUUUGCGAAAAAAUAUAAACAUACGGCAUACAAACUGCCUAUGCUUAAAUAAAUGACGCGGGAAAAUUAACAAUACAACAAAUUGUUAAAACAUAUACCUUCAUAAUUUAUUCAAUCUAACAAAAAAAAACCCAGCUUAACAUAAAAAAUUAUUGAACACACAUAUAUAUGCAUACAUAUUCGUACAUAUAUAUAUAUUUUUGCAUACAUAUAUAUAUAUUUUUAUAUUCAAAGACCAUAUUGGCAAUUAUCCGGCAAUACCCCUUGUUCUUUGGCAACCAAAAACAAGCAGGAUUGCAUAAAAAAGCGAAUUGAUCUCUCUAACGAGCUCUCAAUUGCUUAAAACAAAAACAAACCAAACAGAAUUACACAAGCAUUACAGCACAUUGUUUGGUCAUAUACAUUAGCACAAACAAUUUGUGCAUAUGUGGAGGGAAGUGAUUGGACCUCCUCGGCAAAAGAGUCUCUGGAGGUACUAAUCACAACACACUUCCCCAGGAGUCAGCAAACACCUUCAACGAGGGUUCAACCGGAACCACCGGUGAACGCAGCUGACUAUCGAAGCCAAAUAGUAGACAAAAUGAAAAUCAAAUAUGCCAUAAAUAGUUUUGCACCAUUUAAAGCGGCAGGUCCUGACGGGAUUAUGCCCAUAAUUCUGCAGAAACUGGUAGAACCAAUGGUUCUAAGGCUUGAAAAUAUAUACAAAGCAAGCAUUCAACUAUCUUACAUCCCAAGAAGUUGGAAAAGGAGUAAAGUUGUGUUCCUUCCGAAACCAGGCAGAAGAACACACGAGAAUGCCAAGGAUUUUAGACCUAUAAGCCUUACCUCAUUUAUGCUAAAGGCACUAGAAAGGCUAAUAGAUAUACACGUAAGAACAAUAAUGGCGGAGAAGUUAUCGAAGUCCCAACAUGCGUACAUAAAGGGCCGAUCAACCGAAACCGCCCUUCACGAGGUGAUAAUUGUGAUUGAAAAAUCACUACACCACAAGCAAUACACCAUGGCUGCUUUUCUAGACAUAGAGGGCGCCUUCAAUAACAUAGAAGUAAAUACGAUAAUUAAUUCUCUGUCGCAUGGGGGCAUAGAUGACACUGUGUGCCGAUGGAUACUAUCGUUGCUUGAGAAUAGGAAGAUUAUAGCUUCAAACGGCGCUGCAACACAAACAAGUUAUGUGAGUAGAGGGACGCCUCAAGGGGGGGUCCUCUCUCCGCUUCUAUGGGUUGUAGCGCUGAACGAAGUACUUCUCCAACUAAACGGUGGAGGAGUGAAAGCAGUAGCGUAUGCAGACGUAUGUUUCAGGUAUGUUUCCUUCAACAGUCAGCGAGAUUAUGGAAAGAGCACUUCGUAGGUUAAACCUAUGGGCUAAAAACAAUGUUCUAGGAGUUAAACCGAACAAAACAGAACUGAUGCUAUUCACAAGCAGAACCAAAAUACCUCAGUUUGAACUUCCGGUACUAAAUGGUACAACACUCACUCUAUCCCCAAUAGCUAAAUACUUGGGGGUGGAGAAUGACACCAAACUGUCCUGGAAAAUAAAUAUAGAAAAAAGAAUAAACAAAGUGUUUAAAUGAGUUAAGCAUUCGCCUACCUUUCCCAAAAAACUGGCGCACCCUAAUACGACCACGCAAUUCACCACAGCUGAUGACACCACAACAGAACACCAACACAUCUCACUACAGCUGUACAUCAACCCACUCAUCAAAAGGGAUAGAAAAAAAGGGAAAGCGGACACAAUUCGACUCUCAUAAUUCGAUCAUCAACACAUACACUCAUCGCACGUCAGCAUUCUCCAUACACGCAUCGCCUAUACACAUUCGUUUUGGAUACUUUCGCUUAAACACUGCGCCGGGUCGACAUCGACGAUUCGCUACCACAGUUCGUUCGACUCUGCGCACAUCGACUAUUUCGACAUCGCUUCAUUCUACAUCGAUCCCGGAUUUGUUUCCCUAUUUAGAAUAAGUUUCCAUUUGGUGUAACCGGAAUUUAUAUUACAAAUAAAUUAACACUUAUUUCCGAUCCGCUAAAAUAAUGGUUUUAAUUAUAAAUAUUAGUCGGGAGUGCUAGUGACUCCUAAAACUUAAAUGCGGUGGUGUGAUUCUCCCUUAGGUGGGCACCCAAAUAUUCAUGGUCCUUCGAGCCUCACUGAAAGGCACCAGUGGUGAAACAAAAACCACAAUAAACAUAUAAAUAUAAACUGUGCAGUGAGAAAAAAAAAGAAACAAAGUGCAGUGACACAAAAAAAAGUACAUAUAUUUGCACAUAUACAGGUUUUGACUUAAUGGUACAAAAAGUGUGGUGAUUGGAAAACAAAAAGAAGGGAAACUUAAAAAAGAAAACACAAAAAUUACAAAAAGGUGACGUGAAUAACACAAAAACCAAAUAAAACAUAAAUUUUUACGAAAUUUGAGGUCACCGAAAAGAGUGCGCUAAAGUACAAAAAACAAAAAAAAAAAAAAAACAGUAGUGCAGUGUCACAGCAAAUAAAGAAACAAAGAAAGUGCAGAACAGUGCAGUGUUUAUAUGUAUGUAAAUAAACAAAACAAGACUCACAGCGAAUAAAAGACAAGGUGAAGUGACAAAAACAAAAACAAAUUGCAUAGAAAAACAAAAUAUAUAAAACAAUUUUAACAAGCAAACAAAAAACAAAAAAAAAAACACACACGCGUGGAACCUAAAAACAAAACCUAAAUCGGGCACCAAUAAAACAAACAAAUCGAAACAAACGGACGUGAAAUCUCCAAACUAAAAAUAUAUAUAAACAAUAAACAUACAUAUGAGCGCGAAAUGUAAUUACAAAACAUAAAUCGCGCGCGAAAGGUAAAAGCUCCUAUAUAACAAAACAUACACAAAAACGGAUCAAACGGGCGCGAACAAUUAAAACAACUAUACACACAAGCAACAACACCUUCAAGAGCUGAAACAAGAGAAGAGAAUUGGCGAUAAAAAGGGGCAUGCACACACAUACGUUUUCCCCGAAUCAAAGUGAGCGUAUCUAUUUCACGUUAUAUUUAAUAUAUGCACAAAAAUAUGUACAUAUGUAUGUUUUAAGUUAAGGUUUUUCGUAUUUAAAAACCUCAUGUUAAUUAUUCAAGUUCAUGUUUUUAAUUCAAAUCGUCGCAUUAUUAAAAAUAGUUAAAUCAAGUAGAUACAUAAAGCUUGAUAUUCCAAAAAAAAUUUGCCCAGCAAUACCCCUUUUGUUUAACAGCAACAAUAAGCAGGAUUGCAUAAAUCCAAAUAUCAAUGCGAAGAAAGGAAAACAAAUAAAAUUAAAUACAAACAUACAUAUGGAUAUGCAUAUAAAAAUACUAUAUAAAAAGUAAACGUAUAUAUGUCACUUACUUACUUAACAAGUAUAAUUGCUAUAUUUAUAUAUUAAAUUACAUACAUAAGAGGACAACGGAAAAUACAAUUUUUUUCUAUUCCGUUUUCGCGUCCUCUCUUUUUGCGAAAAAAUAUAAACAUACGGCAUACAAACUGCCUAUGCUUAAAUAAAUGACGCGGGAAAAUUAACAAUACAACAAAUUGUUAAAACAUAUACCUUCAUAAUUUAUUCAAUCUAACAAAAAAAAACCCAGCUUAACAUAAAAAAUUAUUGAGCACACAUAUAUAUGCAUACAUAUUCGUACAUAUAUAUAUAUUUUUGCAUACAUAUAUAUAUAUUUUUAUAUUCAAAGACCAUAUUGGCAAUUAUCCGGCAAUACCCCUUGUUCUUUGGCAACCAAAAACAAGCAGGAUUGCAUAAAAAAGCGAAUUGAUCUCUCUAACGAGCUCUCAAUUGCUUAAAACAAAAACAAACCAAACAGAAUUACACAAGCAUUACAGCACAUUGUUUGGUCAUAUACAUUAGCACAAACAAUUUGUGCAUACUAAUUAAAAAAGCGACUUGAUCUCUCUAACGAGCUCUCAAUUACUUAAGAAUAUAAGGAAAAGCAUAAUAAGCACACAAACAAUUCGUGUAUUUAUUUAAAUAGCGCAUUGAUCUCUUCAACGAGCUCUCAAUUGCACAAAACAUAAAACAUAAGCACGUAUAAGUCCAAGUAUUAGGGUGUACCUAAAUAAAAAAUAUUCGGACAUAAAAUAUUUUAAUUGAUAAAAAGUACGUUUUCUACUAAAAUAUAAAUAGAUAAUAUUAUUUUGCAAAAAUGGUUAACAACAAAAAUCAAAGUACACCUGAAGCUACACGCUCAAAACAGGCUAUUAAAUUCAUUUCAGAAAGUGACAGUUUAACAAGAUACUGCACUAGAUUUGCCGCUUCACCGAUUCACGAAAACUCGGAAUCGUUAUUGGAAGUAAAAGGCCAAAAUCUUAAAAAUUUUUGGACUCGCCUCCAAUCGGCUCACGACGCCAUUGUAGAAUCUGACGAUUCAGAUCUACCUCAAAAUUUUAAAUCAUCGGCUUACGAUAUUUACGAAAACUGCUUGGACCAAUAUGAAGAAACGAAUGCUAUGAUCUCCGAUCAAUUAAAGCUCAUUAAAGCAAUUGCACCUACUCCCCACAGUAGAGUAGAGCUGCCACAAAUAGACAAUCAAGAAGCAAGUUCAGGCAUCCAACUCGAGGUGCCAGCAUGUGAUACAGAAACCUUUUACCUUUAUGAAGAAUGGCCAUCCUUCCGGGACAUGUUCACAGCCGUUUACAUCAACCAUCCACAACUAUCAAAGGCACAAAAACUGUAUCACCUCCGAUACAAAACAAAAGGUCAAGCAGGCGAAAUAGUUAAACAGUUCGCAUUAAAUGACGACAAUUUCAAUUUCGCUUGGGAAGCUCUAAAAGCUAGAUUUGAAAACGAAAGAAUACUGGUCGAUAAACAAGUAACGACACUAAUGAACUUGCCAAAAGUUAAGAAAGGAACAAGUGUAGAAUUCAUCAAACUAGAAUCCACUGUUUCAAAUUGCUUGUCGAUUCUAUCGACACUAAAUAUUCCCACAGACAGCUGGGAUCCUAUUCUGGUAAACAUUUGCACCGCCGCAUUACCAGAAAAGUCGUUACUUCUAUGGGAGCAAUCGCUCUCAUCACGAAAAAAGUGCCCAACGUGGCAACAAAUGAAAGAUUUUCUCAUCACCCAAUAUGAAAUUCCGGAAAGGUUAGAAGAAAAAAUAAUCAAAACUAAGAACAAACACGACCAAAAUGGAAGCUUAAAUAAACCCCAAGUUAGUAACAAAAUCAAUUCAAACAAAAACUUUUACAAAACGCAAUCGUUCACAUCCGAACAGAAAAAACAUACGUCAUGCGAACUAUGUAAAAGAGGGCAUAAACUUAUAUCUUGCGAGAAGUUCAAAAAAUUAAACAUUAACGAAAGGAACAACUUUGUCAGAUCAAAAAGACUCUGUACAAACUGCUUGUCCCAUACACAUAAUUUUAAAAAUUGCAAAAGCAAAUUUAACUGCUUAUAUUGUCAUAAAAGACAUCACACAAUGCUUCCUUACAGCAGAUAUCCCAUCUCACCCCAAAGAAGCGCAUUUAUAAAACAAACCAAGAGUUUAAUUGCAAAAGCAAAUCCGGAAACUGAAAAUACUAAAAGUUGCCAACAGACACCAUGCUGCUCAAAGGCACAAAGAUCUCAAACGCUGCACAGUCAAACACAAAGUGGACUAGUUGCAGAACCAGUUACCACCACACCAACUCAAGUUGAGAAAAAAUAAAAUCAAUACCUUAAUUCACCAUUAAGGAAAUUUCGAAAUAUAGGGAAACUUCCUCCUAUAUUAAAAGCACAUACAACUUUUCGGCCCCGCAGGAUGGCUUUCGCCAAUAAUGAAAAAAAAAAAAAAAUCUGAACAGAUCCUAGAGCGGUGGCGGCCUACUAAACGCCAAAUUAGUACAUACAUAAAAAUAUAAAAUAAAAAUAAAUAAUAAACACAGUUGUAUCAAAAGUCGAAAAAUCUACAUUUUUUCGUAAAUUUUCAAAAUAAAUAAAAUCUUCAACAAAAUUAAGGUUCAACGAGUACCAUACUCUCAAUGCGAUAAAGUGAUGCACCUACACUUACAAAAAGCAAAGGUCGCUCUUAUCGUAUCUAUGUGGGAUCAGCUAUACAAAGCUUCAAAUUAAAUAUAAAAAAUUAUCUACUCCACGAAUCGAAGCCGUUCUCUAUUCACGGCCACUCCCUCGCAAGAUUCCUCUAUUGUCACAGUCCUAACCCCAGGGCUAAAGAGUACCCAUUCUGGCCAUAUCUGAGCCAAACGUGGAGUUACUAUACUUCAUAAGCCGAUCGUAAAUUAAAUAUCAUAAAAAUAUUGCAACAAUUGCCAAUAAUACAGAAAAAUCAAGUAAUAAAUGAUUAGCAUAAUAACUAUCAAAGA